GAAACCUAAUGAAAAGAUUUUAAAUAAAAAUCCGCAAACUUUUAAAAACCAAAAAAGCGCGCAUAACACGGAUACUCAUCUAGUAAAAAUAAGAAUUAAGAAACCCUUGAGUGACAAAAAAGAAAGGUCCUCUAUAUUUGGCACGAGAAUAAUUGUCAUAAAUCAUAAUGCUAAAAUAUUAGACUCUUUCUCUUGACAACAAAGAGACACUUAACCCUCAUAGUCAAACGACACAAAAGACAAAACAAGGAAUCAAAUAAACAAUAAGGAAAACUUUUGACACUCCUCUUUUGCUCGCUGAAGAAUCUCAUGGGUUGUUGUUACUCAUUAUCUUCAACAGUAGAUCCUGUUCAAGACCACACGACCGAUGCUUCUUCUGAACCUAGAAACGGAGGAGGAGAAGAUCCACCAUUGAUAAAAUUCUCUUUCUCCGAUCUCAAGACAGCAACCAAUCAUUUUUGUCCCGAAAACAUCGUUUCAGAUCAAACCUCCGAUGUUGUCUUUAAGGGCCGUUUGCAAAACGGUGGUUUCAUCUCUGUCAAGAGAUUUAAUAACAUGGCUUGGUCUGAUCCUAAACUCUUUGUGGAAGAGGCACAAAGAGUAGGGAAGUUAAGACACAAGAGACUCGUAAAUUUGAUUGGAUAUUGCUGUGAUGGAGAUAAAAGGUUUCUUGUUGCAGAUUUGAUGCCAAAUGAUACUCUUGCUAAGCGUUUAUUCCAGCGGAAAAAUCAAACCAUGGAUUGGUCUACUAGGUUAAGAGUAGCCUAUUGUGUAGCGGAAUCUCUGGAUUAUUGCAACACCUCAGGCUUUGCAUCGUACAGUAACUUAAGUGCUUACAAGGUUUUGUUUGAUGAGGAUGGUGAUGCAUGUCUUUCUUGUUUCGGCUUGAUGAAGGAGAUCAAUAAUGAUCAAAUAACAACAGGAAGUGUGAACCCUGAAAAUGUGAUAUAUAGAUUUGGUACUCUCCUUGUGAAUCUUCUAAGUGGAAAGCAAAUUCCUCCAAGCCAUGCUCCUGAGAUGAUACAUCGAAAGAAUGUUUUUAAGUUGAUGGAUCCAUACCUGAAGGGGAAGUUCUCCAUAGAUGAAGCUACCGUAGUUUACAAACUCGCCUCUCAAUGUUUGCAGUACGAGGAUCACGAGAGUCCCAACACAAAAGAGAUUGUUGCAACACUUGAAACCUUGCAAACUAGAACAGAAGCUCCAUCACAUGAAGUUAUUGAAAUGGCAACCGACGAGAAGGAGGCAUCAUCGUCAAGUCAUCUUUCGCCACUAGGAGAGGCUUGUUCGAGAAUAGACCUCGAAUCUAUUCAUAAAAUCUUGGUGUUGGCAGGAUAUGAGGAUGACAAGGAUGUCAUCGAGUUAUCUUUCGAAGAAUGGAUACAAGAGGUGAGAGAACUUCAAGAUGUUCGAAGACACGGUGAUCGGGCCUUCGUAGAGGAAGACUUCAAAACCGCCAUCGCCUGUUAUUCUCAGUUUGUUGAGGAAAGGUCAAUGGUAUACCCAAGUGUUUACGCGAGGCGUAGUCUAAGCUAUCUAUUCUGCGAUGAGCCAGAAAAAGCCCUUCUCGAUGGUAUGCAUGCACAGGGAGUGUUCCCUGAUUGGCCAACCGCCUUCUACUUGCAGUCUGUGGCAUUAGCCAAACUCAACAUGAACACUGAUUCUGCUAAUACUUUGAAAGAAGCAGCUCUUCUUGAAGCAGUGAGAAAGAAUCUUUGAUAUUUCAUUUCCUAUUUCUUUUAGGAUUAAAAGUGAAAUUUAAAUUUGACAAUUAUUUUUUUGUUUCUGAUUGAGGAGUCUUGUGUAAAUUUUGAACUAAGAAUUUGAAACCUUUUUUUUUUUAUAAUGUUUAACUCCAUUUUCAUCUCUUGCCGAGACCAAUAUUGAGAUAGCUUUUGGGUAUAUAUAUAUAUAUAUAGAGAAAUAAAG